AUGGCCAAGGUCUCGAGUAAGCCCGCAUGGGCAGCAGACGAGAUGACACUCGACGACGCAGCCAAGAGCGUUGCCAAGAGCAUCGCCGAUGGAUGGAUGUUCUUGGUAAGCCCUUUUCACGCAACAUCGGCUCACGGGCCCAAUGACGAAAGCCAAGUUAACGGGGUCGCUGGGGGCCUCGAGGCUUGA